GUGCCAUGCCAGAGUUUAAUUACGGGAUUUAUUUCCGGCCAGGUCAGCGGCCGUAACAAGCGACAAUGCGGUGGCUGCUCAGCGCUUGCUUUCAGAGUGCGAACAGCGCUGCAAACCCCACCCCCCAAUCCGUCAACAACGCCCCGACAAUGCGCUCCCUCCGCCUCCUCCUACCCGCCUUAUCCGCCACCCUCCUGCUCUUCCUCCUCCUCACCCCCUUAUCCCACGCCCACGCCGCCCCUCCCUCCUCCGGCAUCAUAAUCCCACCCCCCCACGAUGAUUCCUCCUCCCAAAAACCGCCCUUCACCGGCGGCCAAAACGACGACGAAUCCCUCUACCUCACCGUCACCCUGCGCGGGAUCCACGACCUCUUUUCCGCCUUCGGGAUCCCCCUGCCCGCCGGCUCAUCCACGACACAUGUCCAUUCCGACCCGUCCACCGACGAAGCGACCAUCACGCUCACGUUAACCAAUUGGCCGCAGACGGUGGACCAUACCAUCCAGACCGUUAUUUCCACGCUGCAGUUUGGGUAUACCGCCGACGAGGUCGUGGCGUACGUCCGCGAGCAGCUCGAGCACUUUGUGAAGGUGACGAGGGAGAGUUUCGGGGACCGGGAUGUCGUCGGGGAGGUGUGGGAGGCCACCGGGUGGAGGGAGAAGUUUAGGUUGGACAGACCGGGGCAUGUGGAUUGGAGGGUUGCGGUGGUGCCGGCGGUUGUGGGGUACGGAAUAAGUGUGGCGAUGUGGUUCGCGCCGUGGUGGGUUGUGUGGAUUGUCGGGAGUUUGGUGGUGGUGGCGGGGUGUGUGGUGGGGCAUGGGGGGUAUGUGGUGGGGAGGUGGGUUGUGGGGAAGGUUGGGGGCCUUGUGAGGGGUGGGGAGAGGGUUGUGGUCGUGGAGUCGACGGCGGCGAGGGUUGUUGCCGUGAAGGAGACGAAGGUUGAGAAGAAGAGGCAGUGAGGGCGUGUAAUAGGAGUGGAGGGUUUCUCCCUUUCUCCUGCCCUGUCCAUUUGAGCACGCUUCUAGGCCCUAGAAUAUCUUUAUUCUCACACUACGCACCUAUCAUAGACCGGGAAUACACAUUUGUUUUGAUAAUUUACCAUAUGUACAAAGACCACAAGCAACGAAGCCCAGCGUACAUGAGCGAGCAAACUGGAGAGGGAUGCUCUCUACUACACCCUACAGACCUCAUCUGAUGAGAUCCCUCAACGCGCUUGACGAGAUGCAUAUC